AUGAUUAAUAUACUAUAUUUAUGCAAUCGAAGAAAAUUUCACCGAAUCAGUAGUAAAUUUAUACCCGGGUUAUUAUGCAAUUAUUAUAGCACAGCGAAAGGUGAUAAUGCCACAACCGUUGAUAACAAGUAUAUUUAUAAUGUGUAUAAACUGGACGACAUAUAUUACAAUAAUUUGAAAGUAAUAAAUAAUUAUGAUGAAUAUCACAAUUUAAUUAUCAAAAAUGAAUAUUUCAAGGAUUAUUCUCAGAUACAAAAUAAAUAUAAUUUGGGACACAGCAGGGGAAAUAUUAAUGAACAUAUGAUGACUCACGGGUUUCAACCGUCCAUAGAAGAAAGAAAGGAUACGAUGGGAACAGAUUUAGGAGAAAUAAAUGAAGAACAAGAAUGCAAAAAUAUAAUUACGUCUAACGACUUACAAGUUCUAUAUUUUGGUAGUUAUGAAAAUAACAUUAGUGUAAUAUUAUUUGAGAAAUUUAAAAGUAUAAUUGAAAAAAAUAAGAAACUACAAUUUUUUUUUCUUGACAUUAAUGUUUGUCCACAGUGUUCUUACAAUUGUGAUAUCACAUAUGUACCUUGUGUAUGCUUAAUAUAUAAAAAUCAUAUAUAUAGAAAAAAAAUGGAAAUAAAUUAUGAAAACCCCAUUAAUGAGCAGUACCUCAAUGAAUAUUUGAAUAAUGUGCAAAAGAGCAUAGAUUCUUUCCAUGCAUACAAUAAUAAGUUUAUCUACAAAUUGAAGAAGCAAAGCAAUUACUUGAACACCAAAUAUAUAGAUAUUGACAAUCAGAACAUCCAUAAGGAAAACUGGAAUACCUUUUAA